GUUAAUGUCGGCACUGUAUAGCAAUGGUAAUGGUGACAGCGACAGCUGAAUUUUGGAUUAACGUUAUUGGAAAUUUUGCCUGAAUCCCACUAGAGUUUAAGAUGUCAUUUUGAUCAGCAAUUUUCUAUAGACUAAAUAUUCUGUCUGCAGGAGGUUUUUGUAAAAGCUCAGUCACAUUGGCAAGGUUGAAAAAAGUAAGACGUGCAUCUUAGUUUAAAGGCGUCGUCAACUACCAUAUGGUCAGCGGUUAAAAGGAUAACUUAAUCAUUUAAAGAAUUCCCAGAAAUAGUUAUCCGGAAAUAAGAUAAAAAAAGCCAGGGAGAAAUAGUUAUUCAGAUGUAAAAAUAAAAUAUCCAGGGGAUAUAUUGAUAUGGUUCUUGAGAUGCUAAAAAUGUUUUCUACACGAAAGAGGAAAAACAGUAAUGAUUAUGUAAAAAGUUAUGAAAAUAUGGAUCCCUACCAGAAAGAUCAACCUCAACCGAACCUCUGCUACUUCUCAGGUUUGAUAUUGUUGGUGCAAGGUCUCGGACUAACGGCUGUCAUCCUUGUUGCUGUAUGGAUGGGACAUUUUCAGGGUGGUUUUGCAUGGCAGGAGGACCCAGACAAGGAGUUCAACUAUCACCCUGUGUUUAUGGUGAUAGGGAUGAUCUUCUUAUAUGCUGAUGCCAUUCUUGCAUACCGUGUGUUCAGAAAUAUAAACAAGCUGUACGUGAAGAUAGUGCAUGGAGCCAUACAUCUAGGGGCAUUGAUAUUUGCCUCCGUGGCCCUGAAGGCUGUGUUUGACUCCCACAACCUGAAGAUGAAGGAUGGACAGCCGGCGCCUAUACCCAACUUGUACAGUCUUCACAGCUGGAUUGGGAUCAUCGCUGUCAUCAUGUUUGGACUGCAGUGGGUUUGUGGCUUCAUAGCCUUCUUCUUUCCAAAACUUGGGUUUGCGGGGCGGACCCUGUAUAUGCCACACCAUGUGUUCUGGGGUUUGACUGUGUUCGGUUUGGCUUGUGCUGCUGCGCUGACUGGAAUCACUGAGAAGGCAUUUAUACUGAUGUUUGCUGCAGACUUUAAAUACUCUGGACUACCAUCUGAAGGUGUGGUUAUUAACUGUCUCGGCUUGUCCAUCAUCAUGCUGGCUGUGGUGGUAUUUUACUUAGUUACAAGGCCCGAGUACAAGCGUCCAAAAGGUCCCGAAGAGGAGGAGAGGAUUCAGCUGUCAGCAAAUUAGAUUAGCUCUUCAAAGGGAGACAACUUUUCAAAAAAGAAAAACUUCCUGAUUAAGGGAGGUAACUGUAUGUCUCCAAAUUGAGGAUGAUCCAGAUAUAUACAUAUAAUAUAUAUACAUAAUCCUUAAUCUGCUGAAAUUCUUAAAUGAUAUUUUUGGACCUGUACAUUAUUAGUUUAAGGUAAUCAAAAAAUUAGAAUUUUGGAGUUGGCCAGUCAACAGUAUAGAGCCUGGUUGGUGCAUGAACACUGGCCUUGCUCAUAAUUGGUGGCAUAGGCUAAUGUACAUCUCAGCAGAUUAAGGGAUAUGGUAUUAUUAUAUUAUAAAAGCUUAGCUUAGUGAAUAUAUAUAUAUAAUUAUAUAUGAUUUUUAUUUUUAAAGAAAACAGAUUAGGAUAAUUAUUAUAUUUUAUUGACUACAAAAGAUUGUAAAUAACUUACAGAAGGUUUUUAAUUCAUAGAACAUGCAGAAGGCAUUGUACUUUGACAGAUUUGAAAUUUUGAUUAGAACAACAUUUACAGUACAUGUAAUGUACAUGUUUAUCCUUCUGUUGGCACACAAUUUAGAAGAUAUUUUCAAAUGUUUUGUCAUAUUUUUCAUGUUUAUAAAAGGCCAAGUUGGCCAGUUUUAAGCCAGGGCUGUUUGUACAUCUUUGAAUUCUACAAGAGCCAAUGCUUGGAGCCAAAGUUAUUGGCAGAACAUUUUCAGUAUUUUGUUAAAGAAGAUAAAGAAAUCCUUUCAAUUUAUUUUUAACAAUUCCAAAAUUAGAACAUGACAUUUCCAAUUCACAUUGUUGAAUUCGAGUUAUUUUGUAUUGUUUUGAAUGAUUGUACCAAAUAAGUAACAAAAUUGUCAGUUUUAAACUAUUAAGAUUUGAAUUAUUCUUUAAGGAAUGUUAGAAUUGGAAAAGUUUGAAACAUUAUCAGAUAUUUAUAUUUUGUUUUCAUUAGGUUAUUAUAAAUAUUUCAGAAAGUUUCCUGAUUCCCUUUUUUCGUAGUCCAAUUAUUCCAUGAAAGUUUGGUAGAGCAAUAAAAGAUCAUCAUGACUAUCUAAUUAGUCGCCGGUAGAAACCGGCGACUAUAUUUGUAACAGUUUAAUAUUAUACCUAUGGUAGGAGAAGGCAUUAAAAUCUGAAAAUAAAAGCAUAACAAUUACUGAACAAUUAAAGACUACAAUUGUUUUCAGUAUUCUCAAAAAUUCAAACAUACAAUAAUGUUGCUCAAUGAAAUGAAAUAUUCAAAUAUUGACAUCGUAAAAAGCAACAUUACAAUUUUUAUAAAAUGAAUUAAUGACGUAUCCCUAUGGAUCAGUCAUUGAAUUUAUGGAUGUUUUCCUUUUUUUCAAAGUGUCAAGCGUUGCUAUUUUAUGAUAUAUAAAUCACGCAUGAUAUUUGAAAUUACACUUUUAAAUUAUCUGGUUGUUUGUAUGUUAUGAGACCUAUUCUAUUUUUUUUGUCUUAUUUAUUAUAAACAGCUUCUCCCAGAAUCACGUGACUACACGUUAUAUGAUUCUGUUAUAAAAUCUAUUAAUAGUAACAAAUGGCUUGUAAGACUGACAUACAGGUAAAUUGUGAAUGGUUGGCAGCUGGUUAAAGUGCAAAUCAAAGUAAUUUUGUAUGAAAAAUCUCGGUAUAUAAGUAGGGGCCGGAAUCGUAUUGAAUACACAGAGAAAACUAAUAAACUAUCUUUGUGUUGAUAGUUUAUCGCACUGAAAGGCAAAUAAACGUUAACUAUAUCCUAUGUAACAACUUCGUCAUACUUACCACUAGGCCAUCGAGCAGUAUUAAUUGAUAUAAUUAUACAUGUAAUUAUACUUACAAUAAAAUCGUUAACAUUAAUCAUAAUAAGUUAUGUAAGCUAACGAAACAGGUCCGUAAAUUAUUGAGUCUCGUGGAAAUAUUGCCAGAAAAUACUUGCUUAUUUAAUGAUAACAGUUUCUUGACAAAAUUGCUAAGCAAGUAUGCUUAAAAUAUGAUGUUUUAUCAUAACAUAAAUUUAUUGCAUAAAACUCUUUUACAAAGUUUAUAGCAAGAAAGAUAUAAUUGUGGCAAGUACAUGAAAACGUGUUAAUGAAUAAACAUUACUCAACUUAUUGUUCCUAUUUUCUUUAUACUCGAACCAUUAAACUGAUAUUUUCUUUUAUUUAUGAUAAUACAAUCAUAUUUCUAUCCGGCGACUUGAUGCUUUAGCAUCAAAAUCUCUACUUGUUUGUAAAUGUAAGAACUUUCUCAUCAUGUCUACAUUCCUUUAUAGUUUAAGCUGAAUCAUUCCAAACAUUUUAUGAAAUUUGAGAAUUCUGAAACAUUUGAUGAUUUGGAAUUCCAUUAUUAGUGUUUUUUCUAUAUUUUAUCAAUUAUCGUUUAAGAUUUCAGAAAAUGUAUUGUUAAUCUUACCAAUGCUGUGUGUAAUAUAUUAAAGCAGCAUGCCUCCAGAUUCAUGCUUAUUGUCAUGAAAAGUUUUGAAAGUGUAUUUUUUAAAGAAAAAAAAAUUGUGAAAUGAACAAAGAAAAUGUUUUACACUGUACAAGCCACUUAAAUUACCAAAGAUUCAAAAUUUUCAAAAAUUGCCCUUACUGUGUUAGUCCAUGCGACAGACACUGCAAAAUCAAUCAUUAAUUGCACAUAACAUGGUAAUUGUUACUUAAAUCUGGAGUCUUUUUACCGUUAUUAAAAUCUUAGUACAUUUUUGCACAUGUUUGAUUUAAAAAAAAAAAAUAUUUUGGCUCAUCUGGAGGCAUGCAGCUUUUAAGUAUAAUACUCUGUAUAUUGUUAUUAUUUUUUAAAACUAUACUAUAAUCAUUAAUAUUUUGGUUAUAUUAAGGUAAAGAUUACUAUAUCCUCUCACUUUAUAUAUUUUCCCUUUAAUUUAGGGUUCAAAACAUGUGGUUAUUUUCUAAAAAUCUGUAAAAUACAAUUUUGUACAGUUUUAUUUUGUUGUGAUAUAAAUGCAUUGUUAGAUUUUAAAGUUAUUAUUAUCAUCAAUAUGUUUUACUUUUUUUUUGGCUGUUGAGCAGAAUUUUGGUUUUACUGCCCAGGUGCCACCCUGUCUCAGAAAUAUUUCACAGAUGUUUCGCCUGUUUAGCAAAAUGGCCAUCAUGUCCAGAAGGUCAUCUAACCUUUUUCUAAGUCUACCUGCUCUGUUAAAUAGGGAGAGCUUUAUACAUUUGUAAUCCAGGUAUUGCAAGUUUGAACCUCUGGCGAGGCUUAAAUUUAUCUGUGACAGUUAAUGGCCAACAUUUAGUCACAUGGUCAUUUGUCUCUGACAGCUGAUUUAGAAAUCAUUUGGGAUGAAAACAUGAGGGAUCAGUAGUUGGUCAUUUGCAAAAAAAUUGGUAAAUUACUGAGUAGUUAUCCAGAAAAACCGGUUAUGAUCAAACAUGUAACUGUUAUUAUCAGCCUAAUAACCAAACAAACAAUCUCAUAUUCCUCCACUACUCAAGCUAGAAAAUGUCAAUCCUAUGAUCUUAGUUAUGUUUGUGUUACAUAAAACCCCAUCCAAAAUGAGUGCGACUUAAAAAAGUGUUGGGGCACUACACUAAGUACCGAAUUCCGUUAUAUACCAGACCAGGCAUUUGUAUGUUAAUAAAUUCUUAAAUGUCCCCUUUUUAUCGGUCAAAAUGCUUUUAAGGGGGUUAAUUCAUAUCCACAUACCAGUUCAUGUUCUAUUAUGAAUGAAAAAUGUAAGAAUCACUGAAAAAAGUGUAUGAAAAAUGUAAGAAUCACUGGAAAAAGUGUUAUUUUCUACUUUGUGAUCAUGAUUUCUCUUAAGUGUCUAGAGUUACUACCCCCAACACUAUAGUGAGUUAAACCCAACCAAAAUGAAAUGGAUUUCAAUAUUUAACUGAGUACAAUGUAAUUUAUUUUUAUUAGUACAAAUGUUUUAUGGAAGAUUUCAAUUGUCUUGUGUAAUAUGAUUCUUAUUGGUUUUGAAAUUUUGAAAUGGUUAAAAAAAAACAAAAACAAAAAACUGUUAUAGAUAUGUUACCACAAUUUUGUGUUGUUAAACAAAAGGUUGAUAAUUUAUAUUAUGUAUUUAUGAUGUUCAAAAUUUACUUAUAUAUAUUAUUAUACCCUUUUGUUUUAGUGUUAAAAUUUGCUCAGUAGUGUUAUUUGUUACAGAUGCCACUAUUUAUUAUUGUAUAUAUUUAUUUUAGUAUGAAUCAUUAUUGUAGUUGAUUUUGUGAUAUAUAUAUAAACACAAAGCUCAUAGAAAUGGUCAAAACUUGUUAGCUGUGAGACUUUGUGAGCCAUCACUGAACUAUUACUGUAUACAGUGAAACCUGUAUACAAAGGCCAUCCAAGGGACAGACUGAACAUGGUCUUUUAAGACAAGUGGUCUUUAUUUAGAGGUUAUGUUGUUCUUUUCAAUUUAAUGAAGGAUUGUCAAAGAGUGGGCUUUGUUUACAGGGUGGUCUUGAUAGUUUCAUUUAUGUGUAUAUCAUAUAUAGAAAAUACAUUGUGCAAUAUUGUUUUAACUUUAUAAUGACAUGUGAAUGUGUGAGUUUGUCAUAUUAAAGAUGUACAUGUAUAUUUUUGAAGCUAAUUUUUUUCUUAUCAAAAUGGUAUGUUUAAUAAACUGUCAGAAUUGACUGUUUAUUAGGUUAUGAAUUAGCCAGCAUAUACACGUAAUAAAUUGUUAAAAUCAGCUAUAGAAUUAAGUUCUAGCUUACAGAGAUAUCCAUGGAAAUAUCAAUGGAUAUCUGCUGAAAUAAUUUAUUGAAAUAAAAAGUUCAAAAAUCGCUGUAGUACAUUGUAAAGGAAGACUUAUGAUUUUGUAACUUAAUGAAAUAAUCAGGACAGUACUUUUAAAUGACUAGAAUUCUGAAAUAUUUUUUCUUCUGCUUUUUGGUAUUGGUUUUCUUUACUGUAAGCAACACUUAAGUCUGCAAAAGAAAGAAUUAUAAAUUUAUAAAUAUCAGUCAUUUUAACAUUUUUGAAGAAUUUUUGUAUUUUUUAAGAAUUUAUAUAAUGAUAUAUAUGAAUAUAUACAUAUACCCAUGUAACAUCCUUUUUAAAUACAUUUCAACUCUGUUAUAUUUGUUAAGUGCAUUGGUGUUUGUGGUAAUUUAUGUUGUUAAGUUUAAAAUAUCAUUCUGGAAAUUAGAAGGCCACUUAUAUUAGAAAUGGAAGUCUACAACAAGACUGGGUUAUUUCCCCUUGUUUUGUAAGAUUAGAACUGAAUGAUGUAAUAUAAGUAGGUCACUCUUUACAGAAUCAGAAGUUUGGCUAUUAAGAGUUACUACCCUUUAUUUGAAAAAAAGCCAUGUAAAAUGUAUUUUAGUUUCACAGAUCUAUGAAUAGAAUAUUGAAAUUGUUGACCAAAUGGUUAUCGUUGAACAAAUUUUUCUUAAGUUUUUAUACAGCAAAUGAAGUUUUUGGCCCAUAUAUAUAUAUAUAU